AAACACAUGCGGAACAUCUUGCAAGAGCUUCUUAAGCUUCUUAAGCAUAUAACACACACCAAGAAAUCUGAUGAAAAACUUAAUGACUUUAUUAAAUGUUUAAGGCAAGAAGCUGCCAAAUGGGCAUAUGUCCUCAAUGACUCCAAUUGCAUAUCUACUGCCUUUUCUAAAUUGACGCGGCAUUUGGAUGGUACUGAAAGGCUGUCAGAGUGGAAGAAAUGGGUAUAUUGUAAUGAUCUAGUGAAUAAUGAAACUCUUUGGUGGGAUGUAUAUGAUGAAUAUUUAUCUUGCUCUACGUUUCCUACUAUCACCAUCGAUUACUUAAACAUGAUAAUCCGUAAAUUGGAAAACUGCGAUUUAAACAAGCCAGACUACAAGAAUGUAAUAUUGCAUUGCAAUGACCUUGUGAACAGUUUUCUUCUUACUAUUGCAAAGCAUGCAAAAGAUAACAAA